AUGGUUUCACGUGCUGAAGUUGCGGAGCGGUCUCGAGGGCCUGCCUCCGUCGUUUCUCGAACGUCGCGAUCUAGACAUCACCAUCGAAAUAGAUCUCACCAUGGAGGCCAGACCCAGGCUCCUCUGAACGAGUUUCCUUUCUUCUCCCAGUCGGGAGACGUGGAGAUUGUGAUAGCGUGCGAUGGACAAGAGAAGAAGUAUCUAUUACACAGUUUUACGCUUGCACAGUUUUCGAGAUUCUUCGAAGCCAACACGCGUGAAGAAUGGUCACGGACACCAGCUAUUGCGCCUUCUUCACGACGAGAGCAGGCUCUCAGUGUAAUUGGCGAAGAAUCAUCUCAUCUCAGCUCUGCACGCAGUACCCAACAAGCCCGGCCGAUCUCACCUCCUCGACAACGUUGGCGGUUUGAACUAGACUGGGAGAAUCUAGAGGAAGAUGAAGACGAACCCAUCCUCGUCCAAAAAGCGCCUGAAGGAGCUUUGUAUGCCACAUCUCAACCACCCCCGCCACCGUACCAAGCUGAGCCGCAACGAAGACCACGCGUACAGCCUACCCAUACGUCUUUCUUUAGAUCCAUGGCCAGUCUUGCCCUUCCUUCACACCAUGGUGUGUCACAGUCAACAGCUCAGCUCCCUAUGGCGGCAGAUCCAGCAUUGGCCAAUCCUCUGUUGCGCGACUACGACAAUCUUUUUCGAAUCUUCUACAACUACCCUCCGCUCUUGAAUGCAGCGAAUAUCGCGUCUGCCUACUCGGAAUGCAAGGCUCUGCUCAGCUUGGCGGACAUGUAUGAAGCGUUGCCAGUUGUCGGGCCCCGGAUUGACCAUCAUCUACUACGGUUUUCGAGCCGGCUGUUCAAGCAGAUUGCGAAAUACCCACCGUCAUAUCUGAAAUUGGGCUAUCUUGCACGGAGUCGCAUAAUCUUCUCCGAAGCGCUCACACAUGUUGUUGGCCAGUGGCCCGCAGGACUGCCGUACAUCAAAUCUCCUGACCCGAACGGCAGCGGCUAUGAAGUCCCGCAGUCCGUGAUUGAUCUGAUCGAGGACAAAGUGGACGAACUCGAGGAGUUGAAGUUGCGCAUUGAGACGAAAUUGUUCAGAUUGACGCUUACCACGAGCCGCGGGGAACGAGUCAAUCCAGUGAACGACUACCUAGGCUGGCUGGCAAUGAGCUUGUGGAGGCAAUGGCUAGCCGAAAACACAACGCCUGAAGUCCGAGGCAUUCUGAAAAACAGUCCGUCUUCGAGACCAGGGAGCGCGAACACGAAUGUGAAUGUUCCGUCGAGAGGGUCGGGAGGUAACGGUACCACGGCAGGAGGCGUACUGACUUUAGCCUCCCAUCCACCACCUCCGGCCCCUGUGGCUGUAAACACAGGUCGAAUAUUCAGGAUGAUCGGCUCCACGAACCCAGAUGCGUUCUUGCCACAUGACGAAUUGAAGCGGUUUCUCAAGAUCCAGCCCCCGGGCCACUCUAGUAGCUCGGCAGUCUACACUCGAGACAACCUUAGACGGUUCGAGCGCAAGGUUGACGAAAUCAAAAAUGUCGCCAGGGACAUUGUGAAGCCAUUGACGAGGAAUUGUUUGGAACUCGAUAUACGGAGUUUGAGUGACGGACAAGGUGGCGGGUUAGGAUACUUGACUUGUAUGAGGUGUGAAGAGGAAGACAUCCCUUGGGGAGUGUAA